AUGGCCCUUUGGCCAUUCCGACGACGGAGCGGCCGCAAGCGCCCCCGAAGCGGUGCUACUCACUCCGACGCAGAGGGCGGUCCGCCCACUUCGCCUACCGAGGGAGCCAAGCUCGUUUCCAAGAAGCGACGUAUCGAACCCCCUCGACCGCUCCGUCCCUCUCGCACAUACAGCUUCGAACCAGGCGAACAAGACUCCCUCCGUAUCGAACGAGAUCGCGCAGGGCGGAGAGCCCAGACCGAUACUUGGGAUGAGAGUGCCGCCGGCGCGUGGGAUCGGACUCCCACGCUACACCACAACCACAAAAACUUUCACGCUACAAGAAGAAAAGAUACCAAGAAGAGAAAGGAGGAUCGAAGUAGAGAGGCCGAAAUCAAGGCUAUGAGCAACUUUAGCCCGGUGCGCCCUGCUGCAGAACCAUGGACCUCGGGCCGCCCUAUGAAAAAGGAUAGCAAGAAAGCCAAGACUACUAGCUUUGGGAGGCACGGAGAGCCUCGCAACUCCGAUGUCUCUCUGCCCGCCCCUGGCUCAAUCCACUCCAGUCUAUCUUCGGAUUCCGAAUUUGGCUCCUACACCGUGUCAGCGCUGGACGCACUGGCACCCAGACCGACCCUUCGCUAUGCUCAUGGCCCGUCUCGAUCGACUCCCACCCCUCCGCCAGUUUCCGUCCUCCCGCCCACACAUAGACGGAAACUUGCGGACAGGGAACCAAUCACUGAGGCGACCAUGAAAGCCCACAAACGGGUUGACUCUCUCGCUGAUGACCUUGACGCCAGCGACCUGAGAGAGCUGAUGGAGAGAGACAACCGACGACGAGAAAAGAGGAAACUGAAAGAACGAGCACGAAUGGAGCGCCGACUGGCCAAGAAAGCCGAAGAGCAGAAGUCUGAAGAACUGGAAUCCAGAAAGACAGGCACACCUCCCCCAGAGAAUCUUGAAAGGGGAGUAGUGGGGCGUGAGUUGGCUGGCUUGGGGAUUGAGCCUGCUUCGGCAGUGGUCACAUCUUCCAAGCAAAGAGAUUCGAAGGAGUCCGAGCCUAUGCCGGAUGCCGACGCCGACAUUGUGGAAGAUACCCCCAAGAAGCCACUCGAUGUGUUUCACCGCACAGAUACAAUGCCAAUUGAGGAGGUUCCUGCUCCAAUUGAGGAGGCGCCUGCCCCAAUGGAGGUGGACACACCAAAGGAGGGCUCUACGAUAACGCGGCCGUCCGAGGACCACCCGUCUUCCCUUUACAGUACCAGAUUGGCCGGCAUCUUGAGAUCCGUCAAGUCGCGUUCAAAGUCAACCUUGCGCUCCGAACGGGAUAAGAUGGUUUCUCCUCCUCCUGAUACUAUUGCUGAGGAGCCAACCCGAAGAGGUUCCAAUGAUUCCAACUCAAGCUCUAAGACAGCCCGAUUUUCCAUUCGAGCCCUCUUCAGAUGGGGAAGUAAGCGCCGUCGCAACUCGGGCCCCUCAUCCUUUUCCAACACUUCUCGAGAAGAGAUGCAAGCUAUUGCUGCCGCUGUGCGGGCUAAAGCACAAUCACAGGCAAAGGCCCUUGCUAGACUCGAGCAUAACGAUAAUACCUACACUGGCAAUUAUCUGGCACGCAAGCCCAGCGCGAGUGUGCCAAAACGAACACGAUCCCGCUUCCGAGAAGACCUUCCGGAGCUGCCGAUCUCACCACCCGCCUCACCCGAACCUCCCGUGCCUCCGCUCCCAGAGCGGGUUAAUGAGGAGGAGUCGCUACAAACCCUUGGUGUGCGCUAUGAUACAUCAGCGACAGGCCCCCGCUCCAUUGACGCCCUGGGCCGAACCCCAUCGGCCAGGGAGAGAGCAUAUGCCUCCCCCUCUCCUGAAGCCCAAAUGUCGAUCUCAUUGGCGUCUAUCGACUCCGAGGCAUCUUGGCUUUCCGGAGCCAAGGAUGCUCGACGGGUGGCGAUGCGAAAUAGCCUUCGUCGCGCGAACCGCAUCGAGCCUGGCAACUCAAACUCCGCCACACCCAACAACAGCACCGAAGAGGAUCUUGCGAUCACCGAAGACGAGUACCUGACAAAGCUCGCUCCCCGCCGAAGCGCUAGCUAUAAGGAGAUGGGCCACCCAACAGAGGAGCCCCGUCCCAGCAGCGACGAGGAAGACCUUGGUCAGGACUCGGACAUGAAGUGGGGUGCCGUUGCUUCUCAAGCUCGUGUCGUUCACAGAGCCACGAUGAACAGCCAUAUCGGCCUGCUUGAAGUCGAGAGUGAGAACGAAGACAGCGAGGCCUCGCCGAUAUCACCGGUGUCGCCCGCCUCAGAGCUUGCUGAUGUUCAGCGUGCGAAGAGCGUGAACUUGGGCAAGGGCCAUGUCCGCAACUUCAGCGCCGGAAGUGCGAAGUUGCUCGAGAUUAGCCCUCGACACUCUGCGGAUCGCAGAGCAAGCUCAGAGAGGAGGGGCAGCAACGCCAUGGUACUGUGA